UUGAAAAUCUGCAUUCUCUUCCUAAUGUGGUUGGUGUUAGGCUGUUAAAUCUUGCUUUAUUUUUGCAAAUUUUCUGCUCUAGAUAGGAUAUCAGAAUCUUUAAAUUGCAGCUGUGGAAGAUUAGAAUUUUUCACUAUGAAAAUGAGAGCAAACAAGAAAGGGCCUAAAAACGCAUAGAAACGAAAAUACCAUUUGUAGCAUGUGGCCUCCAUGCAGCUUGUACAAUUUCCAGCAUAGCUUUCUGAAGAUAUGACACCUCACUAGAAGUAUCUACUCACAGAAUGAAUACAGUCUAGUUUGGUUUUUCUUUGUCCUGCAAGUUCUGAAUAGCAAGAUAACCAGUAUAGUGGCACUUUAACUACUUUGGAAACAAUCUAACAAAAGCUGGAUAGAAACCUGAUAAAUUGCCCAGAGCACUUCCUCGCAAGAUGGGCGGUGACCAAAUUUGAAAUAUAAAUAAAUAAAAUAAAUAUGUCAAAAGAUUUAGCUGCAGUUAUAUCACCCAACAUGAUGACUUCGUCUGCCAAAGAUAUCUAAACUAGGAGUUCCAAACCAAACUGAUGGGGUGAAUGAUGAUGUGUAAGACGAAGCUGUGGAGUGUUCUGGCCCUGUGCUUUGUACUUUCCAUCUGGAAGAUGUAUACUUCUGUUUGUAAGGGCCCUUCACCUUUGCCAAACAACCGUGGUGAGUGGCCAGCACAAGACUCAUUAAUGAAAGAGGAAAUGUGUCACCAUAACAGAUGCAUUGGCCUAAGCAGUUGGGACUGGUUUUGUGACCACUUUGAUGCCUCAGUAAACUGCCUGCUGACUCCUGAAAACUCAGAUAUCCCACCAGAGGUUCUUCAGUGGUGGCUGAAGCUACAAAGAUCACAAGAUGGGAGCCAAAUUCAGAAGAUAAUAAAAAAACUGUUUGACCUUCUUCAGUCUCCCACUGCUAGAGUUCAGGGUGUUGCUCAGUGUGGAACCUGUGCUGUGGUGGGAAACUCAGGAAGGCUGAGGGGCUCUAAAUAUGGGCAAAAGAUUGAUUCUCAUCAAUUUGUGAUGAGAAUGAACACUGCACAGAUUGCAGGUUUUCAGGAAGAUGUUGGUACACGAACCACACAUCAUUUCAUGUACCCAGAGAGUGCUGUGAAUCUCCAUCCUGGCAUACAUCUUGUACUAGUCCCUUUCAAACCCCUAGAUCUCAAAUGGCUGGCCAGUGCCCUUUCAACAGGAGACAUCCAGCAAACAUAUAAAAGAGUUAAACAAUUUAUUAAAGCUGAUAAAAGCAAGGUUCUAAUACUUUACCCUGGUUUCCUGAAAUACAUCCAAGAUAAAUGGACAAAAUAUCAUGGAAGGUAUCCUUCCACUGGAUUAAUUGCAUUGAUUUUUGCCAUCCAUACUUGCACACAGGUCUCUGCCUUUGGCUUCGGUGCAAACAGCAACGGGAACUGGCAUCACUACUGGGAAGACAACCGUUAUGGAGGAGCCUUUCGCAAGACUGGGGUACACAAUGCCACUUUUGAACUACAACUCAUUGAAAGACUGGCAAUUGAAGGCAAACUGUCAUUCUAUAAAUAGCUUCCUCCAAACUUUAUACUACAUGCUUAAGCUUGCUUAAUUAGACUGAAAUAGGGAUAAUGCCUCCCCAAAAUGUCUUCUAGUCUUUCACAUUAGGAUUUUUUAAUUCCCUCUGUUCUGGCUUCGAAGACAAGCAAAACUGAAAUAAAAUCUAUAACACGAGAAGAGGAUGCAUUUCUAUUUGUUAAUGCAUCAAAUAUUAAAAACAACAAUAGUAACAUGGUCCUGCUUUUCUGAAUUUAUGUAUUUUAGAGCAACAGACUUUAUAAACAUAAUUUGUUACUAGCUUCAGAUUUUGCUUGUUUCUUCAAGUAUAAAACCACAGGCAGAACAAUUUAGAUUUACUAGCUGUGCUAUUGGCAGCAGAAGAAAUUGGAGUACCAAAAGUAGCUAUUUAAAAAACGUAUUUCUGAUUAUUUUCAUAGCAGGUGUUUGAAUGUGAAAUAUACCUUUGAAUUU